CAAGUUUUCUCCACCUGAUUGGUAUCACACCAAAUACACUCUUUGGCUCUUUGCAUUGUGAAGAACAUCAAUGAAGAAGAACCCUUGUGAUCAAAUAAAACAUGGUGAAGAAGAGAAGCAUCUCACCACCAAACUGGGUGGCCUUAAGACCAUGGCUUUUGUUAUAUCAACCGAGACAUUUGAGAAAGUUGCAAGCUUCGGUCUUCAUGCAAAUAUGAUUUUGUACUUAAUAAAUGAAUAUCACAUGUCCAAUGCCAAGGGAGCUAACGUUCUAUUCCUUUGGUCUGCAAUUUCCAAUUUCAUGCCAAUCCUUGGUGCGUUUCUCUCUGAUUCUUUCCUCGGCCGCUUUCGUGUUAUCGCGCUCGGAACAUUCGUCAGCCUUCUUGGAAUGAGCUUGUUAUGGUUAACUGCUGCCCUUCCGCAAGCAACGCCUCCUCAAUGCAACGGUCUGGCGACAGAAAGUUGUGCAUCUCCAAAAGCAGCUCAGCUGGCGCUUCUCUUCUCAUCUCUUGCUUUAAUGUCAAUCGGAGCCGGUGGCAUUAGGCCAUGUGCCUUGGCCUUCGGUGCUGAUCAGUUGUACAAUCCUAGCAACCCUGAAAACAAGAGGGUGUUGCAAAGCUUCUUCAACUGGUAUUAUGCUUCAGUUGGACUUUCACUCAUGGUUUCCAUAACUGUUAUUGUGUAUAUUCAAGAUGCAGCCGGGUGGGUCAUAGGCUUUGGAGUUCCAGCAGGGCUCAUGUUCCUCUCCACAGUCAUGUUCUUAUUGGGUUCACCACUUUACAUUAAAUUGAUGCCUGAUAAGAGCUUGUUUACAAGCUUUGCCCAAGUCAUGGCGGCAGCUUGGCAAAACAAACACUUGGCUUUGCCACCAAUGGAAUCUGAUCCAGGCAUAUGGUACUAUCACAAAGGUUCCAAACUUAUUGCACCAACACAAAAAUUGAGGUUUCUUAACAAAGCUUGUAUGAUUGGAAAUCCGGAGAAGGAUAUAGACAUGGAUGGCAGGGCUACAAAUCCAUGGAACCUAUGCACUGUGAAACAAGUGGAAGAAUUGAAAGCAUUAAUCAAAGUGCUCCCCAUUUGGUCUAGUGGGAUCAUAAUCGCCGUAUCCAUAAGCCAACACUCCUUUCCGGUGCUCCAAGCCAGAGUCAUGGACCGUCACUUAAUUCCCGGAGGACUAAAAAUCCCUGCUGGUUCCUUUGGUGUCUUCGCAAUGAUUACACUCACUAUAUGGGUCGCUACCUAUGAUCAAAUCAUAGUCCCCUUGCUAUCUAAGUUCACCAAACGAUCACGAGGGUUCAGCUUGAAAGAACGAAUGGGAAUGGGCUUAGCAAUAUCUUGUGUGGCAACGGCGGUGGCAGCAAUGGUGGAGAGCAAGCGGCGAGCCACCGCAAUCAGACAAGGAUUGGGUGACGAACCCCAUGGGAUGGUGCACAUGAGUGCAAUGUGGUUAGUGCCACAAUACAGCCUGAUUGGAUUAGCCGAGGGACUCAAUGCAAUUGGACAAAUAGAGUUCUACUACUCUCAGUUCCCUAAGAGCAUGGCUAGCAUUGGAGUGGCACUUUUUGCCCUUGGGAUGGCGGUGGGGAACUUGGUUAGUAGCCUUAUAGUUGGAACAGUAGAUAAGUUGACCUCAAAAGGUGGAAAACAGAGUUGGGUGUCAAACAACCUUAAUAUGGGUCAUUAUGACUAUUAUUAUUGGAUUCUUACAAUUUUAAGUGUGAUUAAUGUGUUUUAUUACUUGAUCUGUUGCUGGGAUUUUGGAUCUAGUGACAACAAAAACAAAAUAGUAUGGGAUGAAGAGGAAGGCACUGAAGAUGAACUAGAACUAGAACUAGGUGACCAUGCCAAGGGAGUGGCAUCUCAUUGAUCUUUCAAUGCUAUGUUUUUACCUAGAAUUUGUGUAGCACAAUUUAUUUUCUCUUUUUCUUUUGUUUUUGUUAUUAUAUAAAUAAAUAUAAGUAGCUA